CUUCCUUUUGUCCGAUUAGCAAAACGCAACGAAAAACUAAAAUCCCAUCCAAAUUUAAAUCGUGGCCGUUCGCUUGUUCUUAGUUUGUUAUUUUGUACCAAGAAACGUAGUACUUUUAAUUCUUUUGUCCUACGCGAGUUUCAUUUCUACAACUUACUGCAGUGUGCUAGUAAAACUGAACCCAAGAAAUUGAUUAACCCUACGAGAUAAAGCUAAAGAAAACAACAAUUUGAAAACCCAUUCGUGAGCGUGUUACGACAAAGUGGAAAAGUGCAACAAAUACAUGAAUACAAGUAUAAAUCAACGUUAAGCCCAAAUCCAAUCCCUAGUUACCCAAGAUCACCAAAAUAUUUUCAUAAUUUUUAAGAAAUAUUUCAAGUGUGAUAGCAAGUUGUAAAACACCUCGAAAAAGUCAUUUUCAAAAACGAAUCAUCAACUGCAGGACCGAAUCAAAUCGAAUUGAUUCGAUUAACAGCUGUGCUGUACACAUGCACCUGUGUGUGUGAGGGGCGCGCGCGUGUGCGUGUACGUGAGUGUUUCGUGUAUCUGUGUGCUAGUGUUUGUCAGUGCUGGUGGCGAAAAUUGAAACGCCCGCUAAACAAAGUCAAGCGCUAGAUGGCGCUGUCGCUGCCGCCUGUGACCAGUGUUGUUGUUGCUGUUGUCGGUGUGCCACACAUUGUUGUUGUUGUUGAUGCUGCAGCUAAUAAAACGCGGAAAGGCAAAUUAUAACCGCCCACCAACCCCACAACACAGCAUAGCGCUUAAACAUCCCGCCCCAGUCGGAUAAAUAAAUCAAUUUCAAUCAAUUAACCUAACAAAAUCAACGCCCCAACAAAAGAUAAAUAAAAUAAAAUAAAAAAUAAAAACGUAAAGUAAGUAAUAAUCAAGAGUUUCGCAUUACCCAUCGUCGGUCGGUUCAAAUUGCGUCGCGUCGCGUCGCGAUCGUCGCUAGUCCUCGGAUCGGAUCGGAACGGAACGGAACGGAACCUUAUAGUACGGGCUGUUACGGAUCAGAUCGGAUCAGUUGGCAGUCGGUGGCACCUGACAACGCAACGCUAACCGCUAUUAUGCAUCGGCGUCGUCGGUUGGCCAGUGCAAAAAUCGGAUUCGAAUUGGCGGGCAAGCAGCAGCUAAAACAACUGACAGAACUCAACUAAACGGGCUACACAUAAAGUAGACAUUAAAUAACCCCAUAGUAAUACCGGCUUACCAAACCGAAGGUAGAUCAUAACUUUUUUCGUGACCCAAAUAAUCCAAGAAUCGUCAGCAAUCCUGGAUUAUUUGCUAAAGACUUUGCGCACGCUGAAAUCCAAUUCGAUUAUGGCCGAGAAUCAAAGUGCGGCCAGCGAAGAUUCCGGUCACCAACAGCAACAUCAGCAGCAGCAGCAACAGCAACACCAGCAACAUCAGCAACCACUAGCCACCACAUCAGUCACCGCCGCUUCAGCCACAUCGACGUUAGCUAACCAGUCGCCCACUAACUCGCAGGCCUCAUCCCCUGAAAAUUCCCAGGAAGCACUGCCCCUGGUGCGACGCCAGCAAUCAGCAGCAGCAGCAACAGUAGCAGCAGCAGCAGCCGCAACAGUUGCCGCCACCAGUAGCAACACUUCGCAGCAGCAACGCAGCAGCAUCAGCAACAUGUUCGAUCGCACGGUGAAUGCCAAGUUCAAGCCGACGGCCUCAAAUGCCGGUCCCGGCAACAAUCCGGGACGCAGGAACUCUAUGCUGACACCGGCCCGAGGGGUCAGUGUGGGCGGCACUGGCGGCAACAUACGCAAGUUGACCAAGGUCAACUCGCUGACCAGCAAUCAUCACUACUCGGUGUGCUAUCCCCCCAGCAACAUCUAUCAGAAUAGCAACAAUUCCGGCAGCAACUCGCCUUUGCAGCGCACCACCAGCGAGAGCUUGCGUUUGAACUCGCUGAGCCGCGUGGCAGCGGCGACAGCCUCAUCGGUGUCCAGGGCCAGUAGCAACUCCAGCCUGGCCACGUCCACCUCCACAUCGCUGGCCCCCAAGUCCAGCAGCAGCAGUGGUGGCAGCAACUCGACCCCGCAGCAACAGCAACCGGUGAGCAGUAGCAACAGCAGCAGCAGCACCGGCGCCAGCACCAACAACAGCUUCACCAAGGCCAGUUCGCCCAACAACAACGGAGCACGUUCGGUGGGCGGAGCAACUGCAACUGCACCUGCAGCUGGCAGUCAUCAUCAUCAGCCACAUCACCACCAUCAUCACCAUCACCACCAUCAGCAUCACAACCACCAGCAGCAGCAGCAGCAACAGACUAGCCUCAGCCAAGGACACGCCUCGUUGACCGUCGCCGGUGGAUCAGCUGGGGGUGGUGGUGGUGGUGGUGGAGGCUCCUCGGGCAACGCUGGUGGUGCCACCAAUCGCAAACCAAAGACGACUUCCUCAUUCGAGAUCACCUCGGUGACGGUGGGCCAUCCCAAGCUGAAUGCGGCCGGCGACACUGGAGACGAGUCGGCCGACGAUCUGGACGAAUCUCACACGGAUGACAAUAGUCGGAUAACGGACCUCGAGAAUGAGACGCCCUCGAUGUCGGAGGAUACGUUCUCCAAGGAGGAGGUGUACUAUGCCAACAAUGCCCUCAGCACGAAUGCGCCGGUGAUACCGACUAGCUCGCAGUACGGCCUCGUGGUGGUGGAUCCCAUUGGUCCGUCGCUGGGCCAGACGAUCCAGAAUGUCCAGGUGAACGUGUCGGAUAACAUUAUCAAUGUGGUGAGUGGUGCCGUCACACCGGGCGGCACCAAGAAGAAGGACGACAUCAAGGAGACGCAGCAUCGCAGCGAGCGGUUCAAGGUGGUCAAAAUCGAGUCCACGGAGCCGUUCAAGCGUGGUCGCUGGAUGUGCAUGGACUACCUGGACCACUCGAGUGUGGGUAAUGGUGGUAAUAACAACGAAAAGACUGGCUCUUCUACUUCCGACGCGCACGCAGCCACGGCGGAUGGUGCAGCAGGUGUGGCCGGUGGGUCAGAGGCCCUGCCCCACAAGACCACUCAGAGCAUGAUUCUGCCGCCCACCCAGAAGCUGAACGAGAAUCACCUGGAGGCCAACUCGACCGAUGCCAACUGGAACUAUGCCGAGCAACAGCAGCAGCAACAGCAGUCGCAGCAGCCGCCGCAAUCCCAGCAGCAAUCCUCGCAGCAGCAGCAGCAACAGGCCCAGAUAAGUGCCACGCCCAGUGGGGUGAUGACAGCCCCCGCCACAGUGGUUCACGGGAUGCAACAGUUGCACAUGGAGGCCCAGCAGCAGCAGCAGCAGCAGCUCUUCGACAGCGUCAAUGCCAAUGCCAGCUCACCCAGUGACUCCGUCAACAUGGACUAUGCUCGAACGGCGGCCAUGCAGUUGCAUCAAACGUUGAAGCAGCUCAAGGAGCGCGAAGACGCCAUGGACGUGCCGCCAGGGGGUUAUCCAAAUUUCCAAAACGGCGGAGAUGUUGGUGGUGGGUCGGCCAACAACAACAACACCGGUGGGGCAGCAGCUGGAGAGUCGCAGCUGAGCACCAGCUAUGUGGAGCAACAGCAGCCGCUGUCGCCGACACCACUAACGCCCCAGGCUGCGCCCACAUUCGCAGCUGUUGCUGCCGGGCAGUCGCCCAACUUCCAAUUGGAGCAACAGCAGCAGCAGCAGCAACAAGCAACAUCGCAGAUAGAUGGGAUAGUCCCCCAGCCAUUUAACCCACAACAACAACAGCAGCAGACCCCGCAGCAAUCAAUACCACAGCAAACAGCAGCAGCAGCACCAUCUGUCGUUGCUGCAGCACCACCACAACAGACUUCAAACACUUCCAAUGCAGCAGUAACCACUGGCCAGGGUCAGACACUACCGCUGUUAUCACACAUGACCAGCUACGAGCAGCAGCAGCAGCAGCCCAAUCUAGGAGCAGCAGCAACAGGAGCAACGGGAGCAACAUCGGUGGCUCCCCAGCCAGCAAUUCCCACGCUGCAAUUGCAGAGUGCUCCUGCAACAAUUGCCGAUCCACAGCAAUUGAUGGUGCCACAACAACAGCAACAGGAGGAGCAACAGCAGCAGCAGCUGACACAGCAGCAACAGCAACAGAUUCCGCCAGCAAAUAUCGCGAGUGCUAGUGCCAAUAAUAGUAACCUAAACCUAACGAAUACGAAUGUUGUGGCCACCGCCGAGGCAACGACAAACGCGCUGACCUUGACCGAUGAACAGGCGACCGCGGCAGCAACCACUGCAGUUGCAACCGGAGCUGCAGCAGCAACAGGAGCCACAUCGGCAGCAGCAGCAACGCAGCAGCAAAUUCAACAGCUACAACAGCAACCAAAUGCAGAAUCCGAGACUGAAAGCUUUAGAACCGCUACGAUGAUCCCAGGUGGAAGUCGGAAACGGGCCUUUAGUAAUCCGCACAUAGGAGGGCCCAACGAUCCGACAUUCGUGCACCGACUGAACCCCCAGCUGUACUACUACAACAAGUCGCAGUCGGGGCGGAGUUCCUUCUGCGUGGACGAAUCCCUGUGGCCCACCAACAAUCCCAAUGGCACGGCCAGCGAAACGAACUUGUACAUGGGCUCGAGCACCGAGGAGGAUUACGAGGAGGCCAUAGAUCAGUUCUCGCCCACGAUAUACACUCGGUCGGCCAGUCGAGCGAUUCCCAUACCCAGUAGUGCUGGCAACAGUCCACAGCACCAUCCGCACUCGCAACCGAGGAUUGCAUCUGGCAUUGCUUUAAUGGGAGGAGGAGGAGGAGCAGGUGGACCUGUACCCACUGGGGCCUUUAGCGCCGGUCCCUCGAUAUACGCCUAUCCGCACUCGCCCUUCUAUGCCAGUUCGCCGGAUACGUCGCUCUCCUCGCCGGUGCAGACUUCCGGAUUGCCAGGACAGCAUCCACACCCCGGCUCACGCAUAUCCUUCAGCUACGACCCUGCCUUCCAGCGCCUGCAAGUGCCGCUCAUAUCCGGCGAUCGAAGACCCCGAUCUCCGCUGGAAUGCGCCACCGUUUUCGCAGCCGUCGCUGCGGCAGCCACCUGCGGUGGUGCGGUCGGUGGUGCAGGUGGUCCAGGUGGUGCGGCGGAUACCACGAUCAACAGUGCAUCUGGAACAAGUGCAGUUGCGAUUGAUAACAAAAUCGAACAGGCAAUGGAUCUGGUCAAGUCGCAUCUCAUGAUAGCGGUGCGCGAGGAGGUGGAAGUGCUGAAGGAGCGCAUCUCCGAGCUGAUGGACAAGAUCAACAAGCUGGAGCUGGAGAACAACAUUCUCAAGUCGAACAUCCCGCAGGAGACGCUGCAGCAGCUGCAAAUGCAGCUCCAGAUCGCCGCCCCCCCGGCCACGCCCGCCAUUCAGGCGGCACCGGCGGUACAGAGUGCCGUUGCCUCGGCUGCCGCGGGUCAGGCAGUUCAGGCCGGUCAGCAGCAGGCCGCUGGAGGGGUCACGGUGGCGGUCACGGGCGUGGCCACCAGUCCGGCCUCCGCGGUGGUCCCCACGAUCAUUCCCAACGGCAGCGCCGAGAACGGCGGCAGUGCAGUCGAGCAGUCGGCGGCAGCGGCGGAGCAGCAGCAGCAGCAGCAGGUGACCUCAGCAGCAGCGGCAGCAGCGGUAACCACCACAAACGGUCCCAUGUCCUAAGCUGCUGUGGCCGAAAACACAGUGUUUGUUUUUUAAGCGCCCACGCUCUGGCAUGUGGGGGAAAAUGAACGUUUUUUAAGAAUGAAACCCGUAAUGUAAACUCAGCCUGGUCUCUUUCCUAGCCGGAGGAGACGGGGCCGAGCAGAGCAGCGAAAGUAUUAGGUCACAAACAACAACAACAACAGCAGCGGCAGACUCGCCACCAACUUGUUAACCCCAUGUUGGUUGGGCUAACCUGCGGUUAAGGACUGUUAUGUUGUUGCUGGCUGUUAAGAAGCUGCUGCAGCCGCCGUUUUGUUAAUUUCUCGAUUGUGAUAUUUGUUUAACACACAUACAGACCACACACAUGUACACACACAUCCAUAAAAAACACACACACACUCACACAGAUAGACUGCACGCUAACAGCGACUGCGGCUGGCGCUGUUAACGUCCUCUGUUAACAGGAGGCGAAAGUAUAGGAGUCAUUUUUAACAUCGCGCUGCUGCGCUUCCACAUUUUGUUUAAACUUUUUAUUUUUGUUUACCCGUUUGUUUCCACGUUGUUAACGCUACGAAUAAAAACAAAUUGAAAAUCAUAAACAAACACACCCAGAACACACAACCACUCACUGAGCUGGCUGCAAAAUAAUACUUGAGGAGAGUAGAAUUUUCGGCCAUCGGUGAAAAAUAGCAGAAAAAAUAUACAAAUCGAUAAUGUGUAAUAGAGUGCCAGGGAAAAACAUGCAGAAGAAAGAGAAGGACAGAAUGGAAAUUAAAUGAAAAAUAUGUGAUAAUUUGCAUUGUGCAGUCAGAGACAUAAGAUGUAAAUUGUAAAAAACAAAAGCGAACCAGAGAAGCGCAGGACAGGAAAGUAGGAUUCAAAUUUCCAAACAUAUUCAACAUUGAUUGAUAAAUACAAAUACAAUUUAACGAAACAAGAAAGGACAGCUGCUAUUUUUAUAAUUUACUUUUAAUUCGUAAUUUUACUGUAAAAAAAGAACACAGCAAAUAUUAACUACAUCAUAAAUAUAAAUAUGUUUCAAAUUAAACAAAGCGAUAACAAAGCACGUAGAAAAUUGUAGUAAUUCUAGCAUAUUCUCAAGCUAUAUUAAAAAAGAUGUAUAGCUUUUCAAAAAGAACAUAAAGAACAACAACCAAACAAAAUGAAAGCUUAUCAAAAUUGUUUGUUAAACUCUUAAACUAUCUGCAAAUCGAAGAACCCAAAUAUAUCUGUAAAUAUUGUGUAAAACUAAAACGAAAAUUGAGAACAAACUUCUAAAGUCACGAUGUUGAAGAUCCAAUGCAAAGAAUAUGAAAACAAGCAAAACAACAAGAUGAAAAGCUAAAUUUGUAAGAUGAAAAAAAACUCGUCCUAUUUUUGUUAUAAUUAUUUAGUCAAUAAUUUUGCAUUAACCUUAGUUUGAGAACUCUUCGGUGUUUAAAUGAAAUCUGUUAUAGGAUUUUUCCACAUUAUAUUUUUGUUCCCCUCCCGCACUCUACGACCGACAAACCCAAAGGAUUAACCAUGAAAAGAAGCUGAACUGCUGCAGCCAAGAGAUGGAAGUGUGAAUAACUAAAAGGGCAAAGCUCUCGAGAGGUCCUCGCCUCCCAGAGUGGUGCCUGUCCGAAGUUGACCGCCCCGUAGACGCCAAGUUUUGUAAUGCCCAAGAGCACUCACUCAUUUGGGGGCAGGGCAUAAGAUCCUGCCCCAAAGACAGAACGCCACACACAAUGCAGCCUGCGGAGACUCAAAUUGUCUAAGGCUAGCGUGGAUAAUACAAGAAAAACGAAUGUCCCACAUCGGUGACGACCAUCCAAAAUGAUCGAAGAAUAAAAUGUGAAGUAGAACCAAAAAUAAUACUCCAACUAAAGUGCCCAAAACUAGCAGUCUACGGAGCGAAAACCAACGGAAGGACAUAUAAGACAGACGGACGGACGGACGGACAGACUAUUGCCAUCCCCCGAUCCCACAUUAAUUCUGUUAAAAGUAUUCCCCUUUUAUGAUUUUCUUAUUCAAUUCAAUGAACCAUCAUCAUGCGUUUCAUGUUUAGGUUUUUUCCUCUGAGUUUUACGACUUAAGCCUCUUUUUAAGCUAACUAUUAAUUUAUUAAUUAGUUUGUAAGCGCAAAAAUAAUUAAAAUAAAUCUAAACAAAAUAA